CGCUCUUCACGGCAGUCGAUAGCGUUUGGACGCAUGCGUGUAGGGUGGCUUUUUCUCCUUCGACGGUUCUUAUGAUUUGGGCUGCUGUGCGUAUUCGUAUCGUGUGCGGGGUUCUCUUUCUCCUGUGCGUAUUGUUCUGCGACGUGCGUGCGUGUUUUGCGGAAUGUGCUGAAUUGUGGCAUCCGGGUGCAUCCAUCGUCUUAUGGGUAAAGGAUUCACGCAGCAGAUUUUUCGGAAAGUGCUUGCAAUUUACGUAGUGUUUGUGCGGUGCAGAUUCGUUUCUCGUCCAAUCGUACCCGUGCUGCAAAACUCCGGAACGGAAAAUCGAUAUUUUUGAAGAUUCUAUCGUCUCAAGUGGAGUGGUUGUUUUUUUUGCGGGCAAGUGGACGCGUUAAGAGUGAAAGUGUGCACUCCGGACGAUUGUUCUAAGCGAAGAUCAAAGUGAAUUGAAGCGUGCUACGAGAAGAAAUGUAGGACCAGAACCUUACAAAAACAAAGGAGGCGAAAUCGAAUCGAUAAGCGACCGGUUUCCGCGACCGUGGACGACAGCCUUUGGCGACAAAUGUCUACCGGUGGAAGCAGUUCUUGAAAAUUACCCGCCUUAUCUGGGAUCGGUCGCCGUGUGUCUCUGCCGGGUUAGAUCGAUCAUCCGGAGGUACAACCCAAGGGAAGGAAAAACCGGCUCCGGGUGUUCUGGAAACCGAGGAGAAAAUCCGUUCUCCUUUCGACGUGUUUUAAUUUCUUUUCCUUAAAACAAUCGAGAUAAGCGAUCUUGCACCGCCGACGUCGACCGAAAACGACGACGGUGACAUCGACAUCGACCGUGAGUGUAAGGUAUUAUAGCCGAGUGACGACAAUCAGGAGUCUGUGGAAUACACCAUUGAAGAUCUUCCCUUGCGGGUGUCUAUUGGUCGUUUGGUUUUUGUUGUUGUUUUGAGUUGCUGGGAGUGGAAAGUGAUACUUUGAAUGUUGACAGCACGGUUUUCGGUGCCCGAUCUAUUGCCCGGAGCUAUCGAUACAACUUCAUCUAGCCGGUCCAUCAGAGAGUGAUCUGUGGAGGAGAGUCAGGAGUUUUUUUUUUGGAACCGGACCGUACUGACGGAAUCUUUCGGUGCCGCAAGUGAUGUUUUGAUUAGAUCUUAAGUGAAAAAUUUCAAUACAAGAUUGUGACCCAGCCAGAAGCGCAAUUUAAGUGAUACCCAAGUUUUUGAGGUUACGUUCAUCCGAAAGUCAGUCGAGUGCCCACGUUGGCCAGUGUUACGGGAUUUCGAAUUAGUGGUGGAAGUGGAAGUGUGACGGAAAAAUUGCGGUCAAGACGACCGAGUUGCAUCUGACGGGACAGCACCGCGGCCACUGCUCCUCUCUGGGGGUACCAUUGGCGGCACCGGGAGGCCCGACCAUUGCUACUGGUGCCAGAAUCCCUCUGGGAACCGUUCCGUAUCCGGGCAACAUAAACCAUCAGCACCACCAGCAGCCAGUGCCGGUGCUGUUGCCGCCAUCUCACAUGGGAGUUUGCACGGAGGAGCGCCCUGUAAUGCAUUGGCACCAGAGCGCUCGGUUUCUUGGUCCACCCCGGGAGCGAAGCCCGGAUCUGAGCAAUGCCUGCCAAAUCAAUGCCAACAACAACAACAUCCUCGGGGGCCACCGGCCGUGCAUUUCCUGCACCGAUACCUGCGAGCACAACAUCAAGGCUGCGGUCGCGGUUGCGGCAGCUUCGGCCAAUCACAUCGGCAGCGGCGGCCCCAUGGGACCCGGUGGCCAUUUGUACGCGGACAGCUGCCACAGCUACGACUCCACCCCGGAUCGAUUGAUAGCCGAUCGCCCGAACUACUAUACCGAUCUCAACCGGAGCGAUUGUUCCGAUACCACCAGUGGGAGUGGGCUUAACAGUUGUAGCAUACAGCUGAAGUCGGAACCUCCCGGGGGUCCGAGCAGUCCGGAAUCGUCCAGCGAGCUGCCGGCGGGUUCGUUGGAUGAGUGCGCAGGCUGUGAUAUGCCGAUUCAGGACCGAUUCUACCUGUCAGCUGUGGAGCGCAAGUGGCACGCUACCUGUCUACAAUGUUGCAUCUGCCGGCAAACGCUGGAAGGUGCCAAUUCUUGUUUUUCGCGUGACGGCAACAUCUACUGCAAGACCGAUUACUACAGAGUGUUCGGCUCGAGACGAUGUUCGAAAUGUCUGGCGUCAAUUAGUUCCUCCGAGUUAGUUAUGCGAGCUCGACACCUAGUUUUCCACAUACGGUGCUUUACGUGUGCGAUUUGCAAUACCCUGCUGAAUAAGGGCGACCACUUUACGAUACGGGACUCGGCGAUUCUCUGCCGGUCCCACAUCGAUCUGCCGCUGGAUCCGGCAACGGGGGCGCCACUUCCGGCAGCGAUGGCCGCGGCAAUGCAGUGUCAGUACCCGAGCCCGUACGGAAGUUCCCCGAGUGGAGCCCCGCUAAGCCCCAGUGAUUCAACCGGAAGUAGUAGCCAAAACAAACAUCCGUCGGCUGGCGGAGUUGGUCCUGGUGGAGUGGGUCCGGGUGGUGGUGGUGGACCUCCUCCGGGAGUUGUUGUUGGUCCGGGUUACUUUUCCCCACAUCAUCAUCCGCACCACCCGCAUCAUCAUCAUCCGAGCGGCAUCGUAUCGGCCCUGCCUCAGCAACCGCGCCAAAAAGGGCGACCUCGGAAGCGGAAACCCAAGGACAUCGAAGCGAUGACCGCCAGCUUAGAUCUCAAUACGGAAUACUUGGAUCUGGGCUUCAGUCGGGGUCUCGGGUCUUCCUCUCGAACCAAGCGGAUGCGAACGUCCUUUAAGCACCAUCAGCUGCGAACGAUGAAGUCCUACUUCGCCAUCAACCACAACCCGGAUGCCAAGGAUCUGAAGCAGCUGUCCCAGAAGACGGGCCUGCCGAAGCGGGUGCUACAGGUUUGGUUCCAGAACGCACGCGCAAAAUGGCGCCGGAUGAUGAUGAAACAGGAGGGAAAAAUCAUCGACUCGGACAAGGGCGACGGCUCGCUGGAUCUGGAUGGGUAUGUGUCCCACAGCCCCGGUUCCUACAUCAUGGGCGGCCCGGGCAGUCCCUCGUCGAUGGACUAACAUCGUUCCGGAUUGCAGCAUCAAUAUCGAUGAUGAUGAUGAUGAUGAUGAUGAUGGUCUCCCUGUCUAGGGUGUGGGAGUUUGGUGGACCAAAAAAAAAAACGCUUCCUAGAAUUUAGGGAAAAUAGAUGAGACAAAACUUCCCUUUUAGUUGGGGAGUUUUUCAGAUGAAACGACAACGAUUUCAUUCGAGAGCAACUUUAAAUUUCAAUCGUCUUGAAUUUGAAUUAUCCAUUCACAAAUCGAGAGCUUCAAAAAAUGUAAGACAUAAUAACAGGAAACAAAUCAGCUCACGAAAGGUUCACUUAGCUAAUCAACAUCAGAGUUUUGCAAGAAAAAAAAUCGCUUCUGUUUUUGUCGAGAACCGUCGAUGGUCGAAAUCGUGAAUGAAAACCAGUAGUUCGAUUCGAAAAACAGAAACAAUGAUGUCAUUAUAUUCAAAUUGAUACGCAGAGCCUUGGGGCGAAGCUUCAGAUUUUUUUUCCCCCAAACCUAUUAUUCUUCGGGAUUUCAAAGAACCAAUCUUUUGUUCUGGAGGCGAAAACAUUAGAGAAGCUUUCGAGAGUUUUUGCCCCAAUCCAUUCUACAGGAAGUGGUAAUUUUGGCUGCUGGCCAAACCUCCUCCGGGAAAAUUGGGCGUUGCGAGUCGGACAUGAUUGAAAAACACUUGCCCCAGGCUACCGCCAUACGUAUUAACGUGUGUUUCAAAAUUGAUUCAGCGCACGCGAAAAAAAAUUGUUAACAUUGCACGACUUUCAACACUUAAGGAGCUAAAAUUUUAUCAAUGAAUAGGGAAUUUUGCAUUCAAAUCACACUGCUCGGAUGAAGUUGUUGUCGUUCUUGUACAACCUUUCAAUGGAAUUAUUUCAAACGAAUCGGAAAGAUCAAACGUAAGGGAAAAUUGCCCCGAAAAUUGUAUACGUACUAAGAAAAUAAUUUAAAACAAUUUACAAAAAAAAACCACAUGUAUAUGAAAGUAGAUUGUCGGGUAUAUCGAAAAUCAUCCACCAAUAACCUGGUUGAGUUAGUCUGUAGGAAAUAAUCCCUCCUUGAGUAUGGUGUCUGUACGAAAAAAAUAUUUAAGAGUUAUGUUCUCUUCAAAUGACAGCACAAUUCUUAAAAAUGAAAAAUAAAUGUAAAUAGUGAAAAUGUAAACUGAGUGAAUGAACCGAAUGUGUAACUUAUUCUACUUAGAUCUCAAAGACAUGUUGUAUACUAAAACAAAAACCAUUUUCUGGACAUAUUUUUUGUCCGUGAAAUGAUGUUGUUCAGAUCGGGCAAACAAUCGUACUAUGUUUGAUUUUCACCAACAACAAACAUUUGCUCAAAUAAGAUUUAGUUCUUAAGCGAAGCAAGGAACCUUAGAGUAAAGUGAUAGAGCUGCAGGGGAGAGUAAACUUAAAGUGAUUAAGCGCAGAAAGAAAAAUCACAGAAACAGUAAGAUUGUAAAUAUGCAUUAGACUAAUUAGAUCCAAUAACAAGUGAAAUGUACUAAGAAGAUGGAAAAAAACAAUGUGGUUAGAAAUGGAAAAUGAAUCAUUUCGCGAGAGGGAUAUGAAAGCCCGUGCAGGGGCUGUCCGUUCAUGUUUAUUUAUAUAAA